UCAUAUCAAAUACCCCAAAACAACUUGCAUUUUCACACCAUACCCAACCACUCCAAAACAAUAUGAAGAGAAGUUUUCCUAGUGAAAUUGAGAAUAAUUUGGCUUUGGCAAAUUGCUUGAUGCUCCUUUCACAAGGAGGGAACACUUAUGAUCAACAUGCCAUCUUCAACAACAACAACCAUACUAGGGUUUUCGAGUGCAAAACAUGUAAUAGGCAGUUCGGUUCGUUUCAAGCUCUAGGAGGUCACCGAGCUAGCCAUAAGAAACUGAAGCUUAUUGACGGAGAUGAUAGUUCAGCCGAGAAUCGACCUCCGGCAAAGCCUAAGACACACGAGUGCUCAAUCUGCGGGGUCGAGUUCGCGAUCGGGCAAGCAUUAGGGGGACACAUGAGGAGGCACAGGACUGGUUCGAGUGAAAACCAAGACCAACAUGACGAGGCAGUGAUGGCAGCAAUUGUGAAGAAAUCUAAUAGCAGAAGGGUCUUAUGCUUGGAUUUGAACUUGACUCCAUUGGAGAAUGAUAUGGAAUUGUUUAAGCUUGAGAAGGCAGCUCCAGCAAUAGAUUGUUUCUUCUAAACUCUUCCAUUCUGAUUAAUUAUAGCUAUAUAAUUUUUUUAAAAUAAUAUCCAGUGGAGUUCUU